UGAUGAUGAAAAAUUAAAAAAACUGGUUUUGCAACUCCCUCCCAGGCGAGCAAUUUCUUCGACGAGGCGACACAAUACUGUAUUAUCGAUUCAAUCGUUCCACCAACAAUCCCCCAGCAUCUGUGCAAAACCGAACCUCUCCAAUGAAUCCUCUACGAAAUUAUUUUGAGCCCCUGGCAAUUGCCAUUGCGGUGCUGUCGGUGCUCGUUUCCUUUGUCUUGAUGCGGAAGACAGACGACAAAAUCGAGUCUUCCGACGAAACCGAUUCUUCCGACGAAACCGAUUCUUUCGACGAGCUCGCACACCCCAACAGAGAGGGGCGGGUAGCACCAAUGGCCUCUUCCAAUGAAAUCGAAGACUUGUACGACAAAAUUGAAGACCGGAUCAAUGAAAUCCAAGACCGUUGCAACGAAAUCCAAGACCGUUGCAACGAAAUCCAAGACUCUUUCAUCGAAAUCGAAGACGUUUUCCGAAAAAUCAUUGGUGAAAGAAAACAAGAAGCUUCCAACAAGAUCGAUGACUCUUCCAACCAAAUCGACAUUGACGACUCUUCCAACAAAACCGAAGAUUCUUCCUACAAAACCGAAGACUCUCCCUACGAAAUCGAAGACUCUUCCGAGGAAGCCGAAGACUCCUCCGACGAAAUCGAAGACUCUUCCGAGGGAAUUUCUUUUUUGGAGUCUCUUCCUAGGAAAUCUACACUAAUUCACGGGCACGUGAUAUCGAUGUAAUAAUUAUUGGUUAUAAAAAUCUGCGGUGCCA